GACCUCCAGCUACAAAAAGGCAGAAAGCAAGGAAAGAAAGCCAAGAUUUACUACACAAAUGAGCACUGAAUGAGUGCCCAUCUCAGAUCCAAGACACCAGUUUUGCUUCCGUCGUACUUCUACUGACGAGCCGAGUGGCAGAAUCUUAGUCGACCAAGAAAAGCUACACAUUUUCCAACAACCCUUCGCAGUGACCCCAGGAUGUGGGCCAUUCUCUGCAUCUGCAUUUGUGUAUGGGCAUGCGACGUGUCCUCAUCUCCGCUGAGAGUGCAGCGAGAGGCCAGGCUGGUCAUGAACGACGAGGUGAACGUACUGAUGUACGGCGUGCUGCAGUUCAGCGAGUCGCUACACCACAUGUACCAGAGCACUGCAGCUAAGCUGGCCCGAGUUACCCGUGCCAUUAGCAACAUAGAGAAUGUGGUGCAACGCCUGGGCAGGGACACAGAGCAGGCUGCUCAAAGCGAGGGCCAGAUUAAAGAGGGGCUUGGCCUCAUCCAGGCCCAGAUGGCAGCGCUACAGGCCCAGAGUCAGCAGUACAGGGGACUGGUCAACAGGGUGGAGCUGGAAGAUGCCGAGCUAAAGCAAAAGCUGAUCAACCUGGAGGUGGACCUGAAUAACUUCACCCCCAACAGAAUCAAAGCACUGCAGGAGGUGACCAAGAAGCACAACACCCUUCUAGAUGACUUGAUAAGCUGGACGCAGCAACAGAAACAGCAACUGGAAAGCCAAAACCAACAGCUGGCAGAGUUACAGAAACAAACAAAUUUUGUGUCAUAACAGUGUUCUCGAACAUCAUGAGGACUUUUACCCACGAAGAUGAGGCUCAUCAACACUCCCAUAUACCUUCACAAAAUCUACACAUGCUCAUUCAAAAACAGUAAAAUGUAAAUAGAUGCAUCUUAACCUUUGUACUCAUGUUAAAAAUUGAGGCAGUUUUUGUCAGAUUU